AUGCUCGUUGGCGGCGCUCGCACGCGCGGGCCCGUCACCCUCUUCCUCGCCUUCCUCGCCCUCUGGACCGCCGCCGCCCUCUACCUGCGCGCGGCCUGCUUCCGCGAUCCCACCUCGUACUUCUUCCGCCCCGAAGAGGCCCGCGUCCUCUCCUACUCGGCCUACCGCAAGGGCCAGGCCCGCAAGUUUGCAGACAAUGCCGCCCUCAACGCCCCCGUCAAGUACGGGCCCCUCCACGACGAGGACUCGACCGCCCACCCGGACCUCUGCGUCGCCAUCGGCUCCGUCAGCCGCCAUGGCUUCUCCUACCUCAAAGACACCCUCGGCUCCAUCCUAGAAGGCCUCGACGACUCGGAGCGCCGCCGCAUCUACGUCGUUGCCUUCCUCGCCCACACCAACCAGUCCGUCCACGAGGACUAUGGCCAGCCUUGGCUCCAGAACAUGGCUGACAGCCUGCCCCAGUACCCGGCGGGCGACCCGGCGCUGCUCAAGAUGCUGGCCGAGCUCGAGAACGACUCGAGCUACCCGGCGCACGCCCGCAAGCAGAAGAUCGACUACAGCGUGCUGCUCGACGCGUGCGCCCAGGUCAGCCCUGCCUACACCAUGACCAUCGAGGACGACGUCAUUGCCUUGGACGGCUGGUUUCACCGCCUGCUGGCGGCCCUCGGCUCGGCCAAGCGCAAGGCCGGUGAGCUAGGCCAGGACAGCUUCUUCUACCUACGCAUAUUCUAUGACGGGCGCCUCCUGGGCUGGAACUCGGAGGAGUGGCUGACAUACCUUGUGACCUGCGCGUCGGUCGUGCUGGCCGAGCUGGUCAUCCUGGGCCUGCUGUCGCACCCGCGGUCGCCCGUCUCGUCGGCCGCGGUGCGCAAGCUGGUCACCCCCGCGACGGUGCUGCUCGUGUGCGGCGUCUGCACUCCCAUGAGCAUGGGCCUGUACUUCCUGGCGGGCCGGGACUGCAUGCUGCCGCGCCGGCCCGGGGUGGAGCUGAUGCACAAGUACGGCUGCUGCGCGCAGGGCCUGGUGUUCCCACAGGAGCAGGUGACGAGGCACCUGCUGCCCAUGUACAACGCGUCUGCGUUUGCCGAGGACGGGGGCCACGCGGUGGCGGUGGACACGUUCAUGGAGGACUGGGCGAACGCGCAAGUGGACGACGCCGGGGAGGAGCACAAGGGCAACAACCGGGCGCUGCGGUUCGCGGUGACGCCGGUGCUGAUCCAGCACGUCGGGGGCAAGAGCUCGCACGGGGUCGGCGACCAGCAAGGGGGGAAGCUGACGGACGACACGCCGUUUGACUACAAGUUUGAGCUGAAUGACCCGGUGCAGCUGGCGAGGGAGCACCAGCAGUGGCUGGAGGAGGAGCUGGGCACAGGUAGAACGUAG